CAUAUGAAGAAGGCCGUUCCUUCUGCGAUCACAAAGAUCAAAGCAAGGCAGAUCUUGGAUAGUAGGGGAAUUCCGACGGUGGAGGUGGAGUUGUAUACGAACAAAGGAAUGUAUCGAGCUUCUGCUCCUAGUGGUACAUCUACUGGAAUGUAUGAAGCUAUUGAAGUACGUGAUGGUGACAAGGGGAAAUAUCUUGGGAGGGGUGUCUCAAAGGCUGUUAAGAAUAUCAAUGAGAAGAUUUCUGAAGCCUUGAUAGGCAUGGAUCCUUCCCUUCAAUCCCAAAUUGAUCAAGCUAUGAUGGACUUGGACAAAACUGAAAAUAAGGCAGAAGUAGGAGCAAAUGCUAUGUUAGCUGUUUCUAUUGCUGCUUGCAAAGCUGGUGCGGCAGAAAAAGAGGUGCCCCUGUACAAACACAUUGCUGAUCUUUCUGGAAAAGAUGACCCAGUCCUCCCUGUCCCUGCAAUUACUGUCAUUAGUGGCGGCAAUCAUGCUGGGAAUAAUCUGGCUGUACAAGAAAUCAUGAUUAUGCCUGUUGGUGCAAAUAACUUUGAGGAAGCAAUUCAGAUGGGCUCUGAGACUUAUUUUCAUCUUAAGUCAGUUAUUGCUGAGAGGUGUGGUUCUAAUGGGUGCAAUGUCGGUGAUGACGGAGGAUUUGCUCCAAACAUUUCCAGCAUUUCUGAAGGGUUGGAUCUUAUUAAAGAGGCAAUUCAUCGUGCUGGCUAUAAUGGGAGGAUUAAGUUAGCUAUAGAUGUUGGCGCUACAGAAUUUUGCAUAGGAAAGAGAUACGACUUGGACUUCAAGAUUCCAAAGAAAUCAGAGCAGAAUUUUAAAACUGGAGAAGAUAUGAUUGAGAUGUACACCCAGCUCUGUGCAGCCUACCCUAUUGUGUCCAUUGAGCAACCAUUUGACAAGGAUGACUGGGAGCACACAAAGCUACUCUCUGAACUUGGGAUAUGUCAGGUUGUAGGGGAUGAUCUUUUAAUGUCAAAUCCUAAACGUAUAGAUAGGGCAGUCCAAGAAGGUACCUGCAACGCCCUUCUUCUCAAGGAAAUCAUCAUUACUUAGAGUAGUUUUUACUAGAGUCACUUUUACUAAUGAGGACAUCGUCAGCAAUUUCGACAUGUGUGCCAUCGGAGACACCGGAGAUCGACGGCCACGUCAGGAGUUUUAUUUAUUUUGUCAUGUUAUGUAGUAAUUUAUU